CUUUUCCUUCUUUUCACGUCUGUUCAUAACUUGUAAAUAAUGAAUGGUUUAGAACAAAACAGCUUCAAGGGCUCUCAAACAACUUUAUGUCCUAAGCAAAUGUAUCAUGGUAGCCCAAACCCUUACGGUUUUAGUAAGCUCAAUCUUAUAACUUAGACAAUUUCAAACUGUUACUGUAGAAGAAAAUAGUCAGCCAGCAUACCAUGAAUCAGAUCAAGAAACAUUAAAUAACAAUGAUGACCAGGAAGGCGAACUAAAUCCUUGGUUGAUCGUUGUAGGCACUUUUCUUGUCUUGGUUGUUGGUUUAGGCUCUCUUCAAUCAUGGGGUGAAUUUCUCUCUUUUCUUUUUUCUGGAUAGUAUAGCCUAAUAAUUUUAUAGGUGUCAUGCAAAAUUACUUUGAGCAAUAUGACGGCUUUCAAGGCAUAAACAACUUGUCUCUUCAGCUCAGUUUUGUUGCAACUAUCUGUAACAUCAUCAUUAAUUUAUUGGGCUUAUUGGGACAAAUACUUUUAUCUUUAUUUCAAACAAGAACUGUCUUAUUCAUGUCAAUUGUGACAUGUAGCCUCGGACUCUUAUUGGCUAGUUUCAGUACACAGAUCUGGCAUUUGUAUCUUACACAGGGUGUUGUUUACGGCAUUGGUUCCUCCAUUAUGUUUUAUAUUGCGCUUUCUGUAGUUCCUCAAUGGUUUACAAAGCAUAAGGGUGUCGCUUUAGGCAUUAUAUCCAGCGGCAUAAGUAUCGGCGGACUGGUCAUGCCGUUAAUUAUAGAGCCCCUAAAUACAAAUUUAGGUGUAGCCUGGUGUUAUAGAAUCAUGAGUCUCAUAUGUCUUGUUGUUGGUGUAAUUUCAUGUCUAUUUUUCAAAACCAAGAAGCAAUCAAAAGGGGAGACUGAAAAAAAUACCGAGAAAACCAAGAUUGACUUUAAAGAAAUGUUUGAUUUCAGUGUGGCAAAAGAUUGGCGGUUUUUACUUUGGGUGUUUAUUGAUAUCCUACUAGAAUGUGGCUAUAAUGUACCAUAUUAUUUCCUUCCAUCAUAUGCCACUUAUUUAGGUUUGACGUCUUCACAAGGAGCCCUCAUCUUAUCAGUUGGAUCUGGAAUGAAUGCUGUUGGAAGAAUUGCUUCAGGAUUAAUAGCAGACGUGUUUGGUCAUGUCAAUGUUAUCAUUAUCUAUUCUAUCAUAUCUGGUCUUACCUGCUUACUUCUCUGGACAUACGCUUCUACUUUUGGUACAUUAAUGGCAUUCUCAAUAGUAUUUGGAUUCUUUGGAGGGGCAUUUAUUACACUGACACCAACAAUCACGCUUUUGGUAACAGGAUACGAGAAAUUCGAGACUGGACUUUCUGUGUUUCUGAUCUUGACUGUAAUUUCCAUGUUUGGUCCCAAUCUCGCAGGAGUCAUAGAAGUAGCGGUUCAUGCACCAAAAGAAUUUGAUAGUUACAAGUAUUUUACCGGCACAUGUUAUUUAGCUGGUGCAGUAUUGUUGAUUGCAUUUAAGCUUUCUUUAAACCGAAACUUUUUCACUAAAAUUUAAGACUUUUGUCAUUCAUUUAAAGUCACACAAUAAGGAUAUUCUUUUCCUUGUGGGAGAAAGGCCUUCACAUGUGAAAAAAUCGAGUUACAC